UCUAGUUUGACCGCCGCUAGCCUACUCUCUUGCCUCUCUCACUCGUUUUUGCUUCCCCAACCCAGAAACCCUCUGGUUUCUCAUCCCACAAUCGCCGCCAUCUCUCUUCUCCCCUCUCUCCUCUCACUCUCGCUUUUAUCCCGAUCCUUCUCUCCUCUUCUCUCCGCCUCCUCUGAGACGAGAAGAAAGAAAAAAAAAACAAUACACUUCCUCUUCUAUUUCCAGAAAAACGAAUCACUAACCCUCUCCUCUACGCCGCCGUCCUCUCCUCUCGGCUAGCCAAGGAGACCGCUCGUAUCGAGCUAAAUCAACCUACAAGGUUUCGAUCUAGGCGGGACUCUCGCCUGUUCGCCUAGUAUCUCAACCCGACCUUCCUCACCAAAACGAAGGCGACGAGGGGUGACUCUUACCCUCUGGAAGGGAGAGGCGGCGGUGGCCGGCGGCGCGGCCUGCGCCAGAGCCGGCAGCGAGGGUUAAACCUAAGUUUUGGGAGUGGACAGAUUUGGGUUGCUUUUGCUGGUCUGGGCCUUCAAGUGGUGGACCAAGCUUGAUUCUUCACUUGUAGAUAGGAAAUGUUUUUUUCUUUCCAAUUUGUAUUUGAGGAUUGUUUGUGUAAAUUGAAAUUACAUUUGAUAAUUGUGACGAUCUUCUCAUUUGACAUUGAUAUUCUUCUUGACUU